UUAAAUUAGGCUUUGACCAAUGGUAUGUGUUUCUUUUAUUUUUUUCAAAUCAGUUUCUAAAGCUAAUGGGAGGGGAGCAGUAUUCUCAGUUUCAUAUUCAGACUUUUGAAGGAGUGAUUGAUGAUACAAAGAUGGCAAGGGCUGGCAAGGAUGCGAUCAUGGUAUCAGCUGUCAGGAAAGCCUUAAGUAUUGAACACCCAGGAGACAAAAAUGCUGAAGUUAGCAUACAAGAAGGGACGCAUGAUGCGAAAUUCGAACUGCCAUGUGGGAAAACAACAUGUGAAACAAAGUCAUCAAGUACCCGAUUCUUGGUUAAUAUGGAGUGCACUACUGCCGAGAGCUUUGAUGAGAUAGAUUCUCUUUGUAUUGGGGCUUCCAGCAAUGGUAUAGGCUCAUCUAUCUUGUAUCCUGAAGACCCCUUACCAUCAGAUGAUGCCCUAGAUGACUCAACACUACAGAUUAGUGGAGAUGAUCCAACAAGUCAGUCUCAGCCAGUUCAUGAAGACUCCGAAUCAUGCAUUUGGAGGAAAAUACAGUUUGAGCCUACAUUACCAAUAUGUCUAAAGUUUGAAGAUGUUACAUAUAAGCUACCGGUUAGAGGUGAAAAGAACUCAGAUGCAGAGAAGUACAUUCUUCAUGGAAUAACUGGCUUGGCACAUCCAGGAGAGCUUCUUGUUCUGAUGGGACCAUCUGGAGGGGGAAAAACAACUCUUCUUAAUCUACUUAGUGGAAGAGCAAAGUUUGACAGCGGCACCAUCACUUACAAUGAUCAACCAUAUUACAAGUCAUUAAAGUGGAGGAUUGGUUUUGUACUGCAAGAUGAUGUUGCCUUUCCUCAUCUUACUGUCAAGGAAACGCUAACAUAUGCUGCUCUGCUCCGUCUCCCAAAUACCUUAACUAUGCAGCAGAAAAAGGAAAGGGCUAUGAAUGUAAUUAGCGAGCUAGGCCUUGAAAGAUGCCAAAAUACAGUGAUUGGUGGGACAUUUUUGAGAGGAAUUUCUGGUGGUGAAAGAAAAAGGGUCUGCAUUGCCAAUGAAAUUCUUCUUAAUCCCUCACUUCUAUUUUUAGAUGAACCAACAUCAGGUCUGGAUUCAACAACUGCAUUUCGAAUCGUUCAGAUACUAAAUAACAUUGCACAGUCUGGCAAGACAGUAGUGACUACCAUACAUCAGCCAUCUAGUAGACUAUUUAGCAAGUUUGACAAGCUGAUUCUCUUGGGUAAAGGCAGCUCCUUGUACUAUGGCAAAGCCUCAGAUGCAAUGCUAUAUUUCUCUUCAAUGGGUUGUUCUCCACUCAUAGCCAUGAAUCCAGCAGAGUUUCUCAUUGAUUUGGCCAAUGGAAACAUAAAAGACAAAUCAGUUCCAUCAGAUUUGGAGGACAGGUUUUUGCCGAGAAACAGAAGCCUUUAUAUGAAACAUGGAGGGCCUUCUCAAGUUGAUGUCCACGAGUAUCUGGUGGAAGCAUAUGCAUAUGCAGCGAGGGUAGCAAAGUUGGAGAACACAAAGAUCCUAAAUCCUGUGCUGAUAGAUGCUGAACCUAAGAUGCCGACAAGGUUGAAUUCAACGGAAUGGGGAGCAACUUGGUGGGAUCAGUUCUCAAUUCUUUUCAAAAGGGGCCUUAAGGGGAGACGCCAUGAAUACUUCAGCGGCAUCCGAGUAACCCAAGUUUUAUCUACUGCUAUCAUCGUGGGUUUACUUUGGUGGCGUUCUGAUGCUUCGUCUCCUAAGGGACUUCAGGAUCAGGCAACUAUCAGUUACAUGCUUAUGUUGGUUUUGGUUACAAAGUUUUUCAAUGAAAAAUCUUUUCUUACAUUUUGUAAAAUCUGUUUACUGUUGGCAUUGCAAUGCUUGCAGGCAGGGCUGUUAUUCUUCAUUUCAGUGUUUUGGGCUUUCUUUCCUAUGUUUACUGCCAUUUUCACAUUCCCUCAAGAGAGAGUGAUGCUAGCUAAGGAACGAUCUAUAGGCAUGUACAGACUGAGUGCCUAUUUGUCGGCCAGAAUGACUAGUGAUUUUCUUUUGGAUCUCAUAUUGCCUUUAGGGUUUCUUGUGAUUGUCUAUCUCAUGGUAGGCUUGAAACCAACAUUUACAGCAUUUUCUCUGACAAUGCUUACAGUUUCCCUAUGUGUUAUUGCUUCCCAGGGUCUUGGCCUUACUAUAGGAGCAGCAUUCAUGGAUGUGAAGAAAGCAGCAACAUUGGCUUCCGUUAUUAUUAUGGCCUCCAUGUUAUCCGGCGGAUUCUUUGUCCAGAAAGUUCCACUAUUUAUGUCAUGGGUACGAUACAUCUCAUUUACAUAUCAUACAUACAGGCUGUUGCUAAAGAUUCAGUAUGGUUGUUCUGGAUCAGAUGCUGGAUCAGGUUCAUGUAAGUCUUCUUUCAAAGGAUUACUCGAUUGGGAUCGCAUGGAAGUCGGUACUAUGAUAGCAUUGAUCAUAGGAUGUCGGCUACUAGCCUAUGCAUUCUUAAGGAGAAUGAAAUUAAUGACAAUAACUUAGUUUAUAUCUUUCAACAGUGUUAAUUUGUCUGAUUUGUAAAAGGGUAAUUCAUAAGGAAAGGAAAUGUUCUGUUUGCACAGUUUGGCUUACUAUCCAAUUUAUAAUUUAUAAUGGCAGCUGAAUUUAGGCUUGGCUGAGAUAAAUGGAGUGUAGCAGCCAUAACAUCCUGGUAAAUAAGACGGGAAUUCCGCUAUUGAGUUACUUCUUCCUGUAUAUUCAAUUUUCAGUCUUUCAAUGAUUUUAAACUCUGAUUUAGAAAUGAUUGGAGGUUAAAGCAAUGCAAUCAAAUGUUGAAGGUGAGAAAUGGAUACCCAUCACUGCCUUUCCUUCUGGAUCACUUUGUUUUACUGGGUCAAAAAAUUUGCCCGUACUUUCUGGUAUCCAAUAAUUAAUCUCCUGUUAAUGCUUGACAUUUUUCUAGUUCAAUGUUUCAAAGGGUUCCAUAAUCCAAUUCUCUUUGCAGGUUCUAAUAUAAUAACAAACCUAACUGGUUAAAAGGAGAAUGAAAGAGAGAUCAGACUUCAGUAAAACUUCAA